AUCCACCCGGAGAAGGCAUUCUCUGAUGGUGAUCGCUCGUAUGAAAAUGCUUGUCCUCUUCGGAAGACUGAUCAAAUCGCUGUUGAACGUCGUGAAGACGGCGUUGCAGUGCGAAUCGAUCUUCGAAAAUUGGACACUGCUGAGGAGGCUGAAUCAUGAUUACCGUUACUCAUUCACAUUGCUUAUUCAAUCAACCAUUAGAUUAAUAACUAUAUAA